GCGGGGAGCGUAACUAGAGACCCCAGAAGAGACUCCUCAUGACAUCCCAGCAUGACACUAGGAAAUCAGGAGCAGCCAGGCAGGCCCUCCCUCACCCGGGAAAUCCUGGGCACUGGAACCUCUCUUGGAGUCCUACUGGCUCCUAUACGCCGUCCUUCAGGCGUGAAGACCCCCUUGUGGAAGAAAGAACUGGAGGAGCCCGGGGCCAGGGAGGCGGAGGCGGAGUCUGCGGAGGAGGGGUCGGAGGAGGAAGACCAGGAGAGGCCGCUGCAGGAGAGCGCGGCCGAGGGCGAAGCGGAGUGCCAGGAGGCCGAGGGCGGCGACGGCCGCGAGCGGGGCUCGGUGUCCUACUGCCCGCUGCGCCAGGAGUCCAGCACCCAGCGGCUGGCGCUGCUGCGGCUCGCGGGCUUCGGCUUCUGGGGUUGGCUCAGCCCCUUCGCGCAGCUCGGCAGCCUGGCGGCUCCGGUCGACAGAAAGCGGAGCCUCUCGGAGGAGCGGUGCGUGCUGGAGACGCAGCGACCACCACCCCGCGGCGGGGGCUGUGCGCGCUGCGAGAUCCUUUUCUGCAAGAAAUGCAGGACCCUGCACAGCCGUCCGGCCUACGUGGCGCACUGUAUUCUGGAGCACCCGGACCUGGGUCCUUCUGGCCUGCUGAGCAGAGGCAUCGCCUAGAGGAAAUCACCGCGAGGCUCCCUUACCCCUCCGAGACACCUGCCCCUCCCCCUCAACUCAUUCAAUAAAGCCUCCA